UGGCUGGUCCAGAGGAAGGUUGUGGGAAGCCAUCGGAGCCGGGUUGAGUGGCUUCACACAGAGGCAGCCCAAAAAAGGAGCUGAAGCAUACAGCUAACAUGUGGGAUGAUAUUCAGCUUUUACCGUCCCAUACAGAAAGCAGAUGGCUGAACAUCGAGUGUGCUUCCCCAUAUGGACCUUAUGAAGCGCAUACAGUCAUUAAAAUCACAUCCCCAGAAAAGAUUCUGUCUAAUCCGAGGUUACAGGCCUAUACAUCGAGUGAUGGCUUCAUUGUGGUAGCUGACAGAACAGUGCUGGUGCUGGACACUUGCCAGUCUCUUCAGAUAUUGGUUCACUUUGAGACUGAAGUUGAUAUUGUUGGUUUGUGCCAAGAAGGGCGAUUUCUUGUGGUUGGUGAGAGAAGUGGCAACUUGCAUCUUAUUCAUGUGCCAUCAAAGCAAACCUUGGUAACUCGUAUGCUGGUUGAAAAGUCUUCACAUGGCAGAACUUACCUGAAUCUUAAUCUAGAAAAACAUGGUGCUGAUGAAGGGACCUAUCAUGCAUUUAUUCUCACUGAAAAUGGGGUCUUCUGUAUUAUGAAGCUCCCUCUUGGCAAAACUCAAGAAGCAAUUGACAUCCUGGACCUCAGUACAGCAAAAAAGCUACAAGAGCAGAUGGAAACAUGCUUUAUUUCUACAGAAGAGUAUCACACUACUGGUUGCCUGACUUCUGUGACUAAACUUACAGCAAACAAGAUUGCUUUGAUAAUAGGGGGUUCAGGUGACUGUGUGAUAUCAGUGUGGGAGGCAGAUCCUAAUAAAAAAACAGUCUCUCUUCAAAAUAUUGUUGAUUCAAGUAUGAUCAAAGCUGUAAAAAGGCUUCAGGUUGUGGGCAGCUUGUUGUAUAUCUUAGAUGAUGAGAAUGUCUUAAGCAUGUGGGAUGUUUACUCACUCACUAUGAUUUGGGAUUGGCCUUCAAUUCACAUAGAAGAACUUCUUCUUAUCCAGGGGAGUGUCAGUCUUAAACUGGUAGCUUUGACAGAACCUGAUGGUGACAAACAGAUUAGGAACAUUGUGGUUUUUUCACUACCAGCUAUGCAGCAACUCUACUCUUUGGAAGUAACUAACAUUUCUUCACUGUCUCAAAGUGGAAUAAAUACAGAUACGAUAUAUUUUUUGGAAGGUGUGUAUGAAAAUAACCAAAAGUCAUCAGAUAUUCCAGUCUCAUUUUUGGUGAUGAGGUGCUUAACAGAAGCUGUUCCUGAGGACAGACUGAGUCGUUUACUUCACAACCAUAAAUUUACUGAGGCUGAGAAUUUUGCUCUUCUGUUUGGACUGGAUGUUGAGCUUGUUUAUAAAAUAAAAGUGAGCUCCAUUUUGGAAAGAUUGGCUUCAGAAUCUGUAGACCAUGAUGGACAAUCACCCUGGCUAGAACUUGUGGCUGAAGUGAAAGAAACUUUAAAUAAAACAAAGGAUAAUCAGUUCGUGGUUGAGUAUUGCAUAAAUACCCCAUGGCCAACAUAUGAAAUGGCACAGGAAAUGCUCAGCUAUGCUAAAAACCGGAUCUCAAAAAGAGAUGGCAUAACCACUGGCAUAACCAACUGGAAUCCAGCAUCUCUUACGCAGGUACUGCAGGCGCAAGCAAGGCUAACUACUUUUUAUGGAGCUUUUGGUCCACGAAAAUUCAGUGGAACCGCUUGGCUGGAAUUUCUGGAGAAUGACGAUCUCUUCAAGGACAUCCUUUUACAGCUGAAAGAAGGAAAUCUCUCUUCUGCAUGCUUUCUCUGGCAAAGACAUCAGGCAGAUUUCCAGGAGCAUUUUAGUGUGGACAUGCUUGAAAACCUGCUUGACACAAUCCCUGCAACUGUUUGCCACAAAGAAUUGUGUGUGUGGUUUAAAGAAAAGGUCAUUCCUUUCAUAAGACUGGCUUUGCCUCAAGGUCAGAAAAUAAUAGCAAAAUGGCUGGAACAACAAGCUCGAAAUCUUGAGGUAACUGAUAAGGCCAACUGGCCAGAAAAUGGACUUGAAAUGGCCCAGUUGUUUUUUACUAGCAGUAAAUCAGAUGAAGCUGGAGUUGCCUCUUCAGGGUGCUGGGUGCUCUGGGACGAUAAAUGUGAGGAGGUCUGUCGCUUAGCAAAACUGUUCCAAGCUUUACAAGGUUUGGUAGAACUAUACAGAAAGUACAGCUGCAAGCUGACCCUCCGUGAGUUUGAAAAGGAAAAUGCAGAUACAAUAGUGUUCCGUAUGUUUGAUAAAGUUUUGGCAGCAGAACUCAUUCCAGCAACUUUAGAGAAAUUUAUUGAACCAUAUAUGCGCCAACAUGAACUACAAAAAGAUGAAAUUCUCUUGCAGUACAUAAAGGACUUGGUAGAGCGAUAUUGUACACGGUCUACGUCUGUCUUUGAAACCACGUGGGAAGCAAAGGCUAUAGCUGUCUUGGACUGUAUAUCUGACAUGGAUUUGAUCUUUGAAGGGGUGCUGGCAAUAAUGCAUGGCGCUGGUGUUCCCUGGAGUCCGGGAGUAGAACGGCUGGUGCAGCAGUACCUAGAAAUGGAUCAUGCCAAGGUGAAGCUCCUGCAGGAAGGUUACAAGCUAAUGGAAAUGAAGACCAUUCUGCUGAACUAUGGCAUAAGAGACACCAAUCUUUUAAACGAUAAGCAGGGGAUGCUGAGACUAGCAAAGUACAUUGUUAAACGGGGCACCACUUCUUCGUUAGAAGAUGCUUUGAAAGUAGCGAAUGUGUAUAUGCUACCUACUGCAGAAGUCUAUAUAGUGAGGAUUAUGGACCUUAUUGAUAAAGACAAGGGAGAAGAAGUUCUAGACUUGUUAAAAACUCUGCAUCCUACUGAAGCAGUGGAAAUGGCAGAAAGAACAGUGAUCUGUGGGAAGCUGUUAUUAGAGCACAAAAUGUUUGUCUUCAAAGAGCCAAAAAUGCAGCUGUCUAUGAAAAAGAUGCUUGUGGAUAUCCUCAGUUUCCUACUCAACAUCCAGAAAGAAAAUUUUGCGAAGAAAGCAGAAUAUGAAGCAGAUUUAGAUGUCUUUAAAACUCUUGUUGCCUUACAGGAGAACUUUGAUACCAUUAUUUCCACCAAUGAUUAUGAGAAUCCCACACUAAGAUCUCAACUGCUUGAAGAUCAUGUUAAAACUUAUGAAAAAAUUCAAGGAUGUGGAAAAACACCAGAUGAUGUCAGUUCGAAGGACAGUCACAUGAAGAAACCUCUGUCGGAGUUGCGCUUUUAUAGACUGGCUUCACUCCUGCAAAAGUCCGAGCUGGAAGCCGCGUCAUUGCUGGUGCUAAAAGCACUGGAUGCUGAAAAAGUAGAGGAGGCACUCAGGAUAUGCAGAGAUUUCUAUGAGCGUCACCACAAUGAACAGGCAGGAGAGUUGUUGUUUUUAGCAUGCCAAAAGCUCUGUCAUACGUUUGAGUUGGAUAGUAUAAAGGUUACAUCUGAAGAAUUAAGUCUUCCAGCAUUGAUCCACAACAUGGCAUGCCAAGCAUCUUCCAUCUGCAGCCCCGAUCUCUUAUUAGAUGUAGUAGAGCUUUGUAAAUUUACUUCAUUUGCCCAUGAAAUUUACGACAAGUGCCAGAUUGAAGACAUUGAAGUUGUAUCAGAGACAACAUCUGGAGCUGAUAAAAACCCGUACACGGAGUGGACUUUCGAUGAUUUUUUCACUGAAGAUGGAGCAGUCCUUGACCCACCUGCAGUACUUCCUGUUGCAUAUGAAAUUACCUCUUACAUGCUGCCUCUUACAGGGAAGGACCUCUGCGUGCCCCUUAGGGCUCCUAUCUGUGUCCUUCUUGACAACCUGCAAGAAAGUAAUCAACACGAACUGAGCUUGGGACUAAUUACCAACUCUUUGGGGUCUGUUGUUCAGCAUGUGAUAGGAAAUAGCAUGGAUGCUAACCUGGCUGCAAAGCUGCAUACCCAGAAAACACUCCAUGAUGCCGUAGGAUUUCUCACUACAGUGAUGCAUUAUUCUGAGUCAAAGAUUAAAAAUAUUGCGAUGGCCCUACUAUACAAGGUUUUCAACAGUCGCCACAUCGAUCACAGUCUGGCACUAGGCUACUGUUCUUUAUUGCCCAAAGAAAUGAUUUAUCAAAAGCUCUGGGACAUUAUCAACAAAACGGGGCAAAACUACAGCAAAGUUCUGGCAGUUAGCCGUGUUGGAGCUCACCUUGCCAGAUGCUAUGAUGAUAUGGAAGAAAAGCAGAAAUUUGAAGAAUUAAUCAUUGAUGCUGAAUGGGGCAUCCAGCUGGGACAAUUUAAAAUCUCUUUCCAGAAUGUAUUUAGAACGCCACCAGUCAGGAAGAAAGAGCUUCUAAGAAUUAUGGUUCAGAAUCCAUACGUGAAAACAGAUCUCAUAUUAAAAUAUUGCAGGUCUUUCCAGUUGAACAGCGAUGCAGCAUUGCAGCUUUACAUUGAGGCACUCCUCCAAAAUGCUAGCACCAGUCAGGUUGAAGGAGAAUCUUCGAGGGAUACUGGGAAACAGCCUCCUGCUUCAGUAGUGGCCAGAGCCACAGAAAUCAUUCCCUUGCUGAGAAGCACCAAUAACUUGGUUGUAAACCUCUGUGCCUUGUUGCAUAAGCUUGAUCCAUAUGACUACGAAACUAUUGAAAGUCUUCUGAUGAUUAUAGAAAAGGCUGGUGGGGAAAUAGCAAGCAUCCCGUUGAAAAAAGCUCUGAUGCUCAUUGAACACUUGAAGUCCUACAAAAGAAUUUCUGCUCCUGGAGAUCUGGAACAUGAAUAUGUGUUCAAACAGGAUAUUCCUUUGUCACCAGCUGCUCAAGCCAGGCUGCCCUUCCACUUGAUCUUCUUUAGAACUGCACAGUGUUUUUGGAAUAUAAUUACUCCAGAAAUAAAUGAGGAAUCAUUCCCAAAGAUUUUCUUGAUCUCCAAACUCAUGAAGGUCUCACUGGACACGCUUCAUAUGUGUGCAGCCAAAUGCACAUUCCAAGAAAGACUGAAGCCAAAAACACUAGAAUGGACCAGAAGUGGAUCUCUACUGGUAGUUGACAAGGAGAUUGCUAAAAUUAUGAUGGCCAUUCGGUCUUACUUGCUCCAUGUCACUUGCCCAGAAUGGUCUGUAGCUCUUGCUUACAAGAUGGCUCAAGAACUGCAAACAGGACCCAUCAAAGUACAGGCACUAAAUUUUUGUCUGUAUUUGGUUGAAAAAUGGCUGACAAAUAACGACGUACAGGAUGAAUCUCGAGAAAAAGCUCGAGAGUAUCUGAGAAAGAUACAGGUGGAAUACAACAAACAGGCUACAGAGGCCGUACUCAUAGCCCACAGCCUGAACACUAAGGAGCACUGGAAACUAAUUGGGAAGCCUGCACAUCUGGUGGUGCUGCUUUACCAGCACAGCAGCAUUGCUGAAAGACUUCAGAAUCCAGCCGGCAACAAUUAUCCAGAUAUUCAUGCUGCCGCAAAAGAAAUAGCCAGAAUUAACAAUCUGGAUAUGAAGACGAUUUGGGAUAUGUUGCUAGAAAAAUGGCUGUGUCCAAGCGAAGCACCAACAGAUAGAACUUCAGAGAUGGUUGAAAAAAUAGAAGAAGAAGAUGAAGGCUUCAAGAGAGUUCUCUAUCUCCUGCAGCUGCAACCAGCAGAUAAUUGCUUCAGAAUCCUUUAUGAAUGUGCAACAUCCACAACAUCUCCUAUUGGGGAAAACCCGCUGACAUUUGCUCACAGAAGCAGAGCUCUCAAGUGCCUGAUCUACUGGGCAGACAGUUCUACGGUUGAAUUGCUCUUCAGAAAACCCAUUGAGAAAGUAAGGGUCUUCCUGAAAACCCUAAUGUACCUCGCCGAAUUUGAAAUCUUGAACAUUCCAUACACUUACGAAUCAUUUCGCAGUACUCCCAAGGAAGGCAUGAUCAAAGGAUUGUGGAGAAACCAUAGUCAUGAGCCCCGGGCAGUGAAACUAAUGACUGAGCUGAGUUUGGAAUAUAAAGUAUGUGAUGCUCAGCUAUGGAAUGGUUUGCUGCAAAAGAUGCUUGACUUCAACAUGAUUCAUUACCUGCGGAAUGUUUUGGCAAAGAUUACCAGGGUCCAUUCAUUAUGGCAGAUUCCAAACUUCAGCCGAGCUUGGCAAAAUGUCAUCCUGGCGCCCCUUCAUUCAGUUUCAUGUCCACCAAGUCCUAGUGAACUGGAGGCAUGUUGCACAUCUUUCAGAACUUUACUGAACUGUCCUGUCCAGGAUGAUCUCGAUCUAAUUGGGAUUGCAAAAAAGUACGUGGAAUUACAGCUGCUGGCCCUGGCUUUGGGGUGUCUCUGGCUGAUCCCUCAGCUGGAGAAAAGAAAUCAACAAAUUCAAGACUUUUUAGCCUCUCACCAGCUGGACACCAUCUUGCACCAAGUUGAAGAGCACAUGAGCCACAGUGAAACGGCUUCCUUUGCUUCUCAGAUCAGGCAUUUGAUUCUAGAUUACACCAUACACCAGAGAGUCAAAAGCUCUGGGGCCACCGAAUUGCUGAAGCUAGAAAAGGUGGGGGCUGAUGAACUGAAAAGGCUGGUGAAAUGCCUGGCAGAUGAGAACAGGAUCGAUGAUGCAGCAUCCCUAAUAAAGGAGUAUCUUAAAGGAUCUGGAAAUCCUGUGUCAGACCAGUCGCCAUCUUCAGAUGUUGUGAAGAUGUUCCUCUGGGAAGUAUAAGAUCUGCAGCCAGGCUGGUGUGUCUUUCCCUCCUGUGUAUAUACAUAUAUUUAAAGUAAAAAAAAAAGCU